UGCUCCCGGGCCGGGGCGGCGGGUUCGGCUGCGCGGCGGGGCUGAGGCGGCGGCGGGCCGGAGUGCAGGGAGUGAAGCUGUGGAGCCGGGACCUUGGGCUGGGGACUUGAGGCCUCACGCACAGGACCUAACACAGUGCUUCCUGGGAAAACAAAUAAAGCUCUGCACGCCGGGGACCCAAACUGAUGGCCAACGAUGUCAGCCACUAACAAUGUAGCGCAGGCCCGGAAGCUCGUGGAGCAGCUACGGAUCGAAGCCGGAAUCGAGCGCAUCAAGGUGUCCAAAGCUUCAUCGGAGCUCAUGAGCUACUGCGAGCAGCACGCAAGGAGCGACCCCUUGCUGGUUGGAGUCCCUGCCUCCGAGAACCCCUUCAAGGACAAGAAGCCGUGUAUUAUUCUAUAGCUCUUCUCUCUCCCCCUCUCCUUCUCUGUCUGUCUGUCUCUCCCUCUCCCUCCUGCAAGGCAUCAUCUGAAACUUAGUGCAAACAAAACAUCUCAGUCCCCUAAACUUUGGGUCCCAAAAGAAAUGCCUGUGCUCCCCUCCUGCCCCGAGGGGAUAACACCUCCACGCCCAGGGACGCUGGGUCUUCUCACCCAACAGAGCAGCACCCCUGGGGGGCUCCCAAAAACAGAGAUGGUGGCUUCCAGCCUUUCCCCCAUGAGGAAUAACCGGACCGCCCCGGUGCUGUGGUGACGAUUUUGGAAAACUCUCCAUGGUGCAGAGAGUGGAGGGGGAGGACUGGGGAACAGAUCCAGGGACAGGAGGGUGAUCUCGCUGCCAGCCGAGAGGCCUGUGAUGCAUCCGUGAUGCAUCCACACCGGGCGGCUGGGACACUUUUUAUUUUGUAAGCAGAGGUCAAAUGAGGGGUGAAGGGUUGACAUCAGGAACUUCCUUCGGGGGAAAAAGUCUCUCCUUUCCAUUUAAAACAUUGUGACCGCAACCCACUGAAACAGGGCCGGGUAACACAGAAAUGGGCUUUCGGGUGGGGAGGGAGCUGCCCAGGAAAUGUCAGUCUCUCCAUGGCCUUGGUCAUUCCACAGCCACAGUCUCCCCCAUCCCAGCACAGAAGUGGAUUCGCUGGAAAGCGCCAGCACCAAGACCCGGCCGGCAGUUAGCAGCCUGCUCAGUUCUACUUCUGCCCAUCACCAGGGCUUGCUUGCUUGCUUUCAUUUUAUUGGGGUUGGAGGUGGCACUAGGGAUGGAUCCCAGAGUUUUCCCACUGAGCUCCAUCCCCAGCCCUUUUUUUUUUUAAUUUUUGGUACCGGGGAUCAAACUCAGGACUUUGCACUUGCGAGGCAGCCGCGGUGCCAUUGAGCUAAAUCCCCGACCCAAGGCUUUUUUAUUUUUUGAGACGGGAUCUUGUUAAGUUGUCCAGGCUGGGCUCCAACUUGGAACUCUCCUUCCUCAGCCUCCCAGAGUGCUGGGAUGACAGGCAUGUGCCCUCACGCCUGGCCAAAAGUUGCUGAAUUAUCUUGAAGUAGCUGUGAAGGACUCUCUGAGCUGAGGUCCUUUGUGCCAGACGCGCCAGCAGCAGCUGUGCUUGCUGCCAUGUCCAUCACCCUCAAUGGUUUCGCUUUUCAACCCUGUAGGACCCGGGCCCUUCAAUGUGAGGACAGGAGAGAGGUCUGCUAGGCUCAGGGUCUGCGUGUCAGUCCCUCCCACCAGCCUGGCAACGUAGGAUGUCACAGGGUGGGCCCAGGGGCCAGAUCAUGACAAGAACAGAGACAGAUGGCAGCAGGAAGAGGCUUCAUGCACACCCUGCCAGUGUCACCUGUAGCCACACCUGGGAUGCACCCUAAGCAGCCCAGACCCCGAUCUGCCCUGGACCCUGGAGUCCCCAGUGGCUCCGCCACAGAGCUCAAUCCAACAGCAAACAGAGAGAAAACUAGCCUGGCUCUGUGGCCCAAUGGACAUCAGAAUCCAGGCCCAAGCCAGGGUGAUCCCUGGACAGUUGCCCAGGUCACCCAUGCUACCAGUAAGAUGAGGCCAGCAGCCUCAGUGGAUUCCCCAGUGCUCCUGGGGCAGCAGGCACUGCAUCCCCCGUCACCAGGGCCCAUCGGGCAGGACACAGAUCAGAGCCAGUGCAGUGCCCAGGCUGCCCGAGCCCCUCUUCAGGGGCUCCGUAGGGCACAGGGUGCCAGUGCAGGCCUCUCCCUGGCACUGCUCUCUACGGCUGGUCCGGGAGGGCCAGGGGCUUUGGGGAGCCCAGCUGAACUGGGAGAGGCGCAAAGUCUCCCCAAAGCCGCAUGGAGCUGCUAGCAGGUGGGGCCGAGCGUGGCCUCCCCAUCCCUGCAGAGCCGGGGAAGGGACAGAAGGGCCGACCCCAGGGCCUGGCAGGGGGGGUGCCAGAGCCUACAGGUAACCACUGCUGAGGGGCAGGGACAGGCACGGCUCCCAGGGAGGAAGCCCCCAGCCCAGCAUCAUUUUCCCAGGGUCCAUGUUGGUCCCCAUUUCUCUUUCAAAGAAGCCUUAAUACUUUGAGCACCCACCCUGCUGUCCUUCCUCCCUGCAUCUUGGCCCCGUGUUGGUUGGCAGCGCCCUGUGGGCCCAAACCCUCUCCUCCUGUCUGACACUGCCCUGCAGGACUGAGGGAGGGGAGGACACAUGUGCCGAGCCCGGCCCCACAACUGAAUGUCCGCACAAAUGUCGCCCGGGAAGCUGCCACACUGGGGGGGAACAGGGGGGUCCGGGCCUCUCGGCUCAGCUCUGCGGACCCCAAAGGGGGAUCCUGAGCAGGAGUCAGGGAGCGGGGUGUCUUCCCACACUGGGCACACUGAGGCCGGAGGAGAGGGCAGGCUGGCAUCUUCCUCAAGCCGGCCCUCAGCUGACUUCCCUGCAUCACCCCGGCCCCUCCAUGCCCCACAUCCUUCUCCAGGUGCCACCACCCUGUGCCCGAGUCUGGUGACCAGAUGGCCACAGCCUCAGGCCUCAGGGAGGUGGUGAAGGGCAGAAGCCUGUGAGUUUCUUUCUAAGCUUAGAAGGAAACAAUCCUUUUUCCCUACCUCCCUGUUACCGUAAACCCAGCACCCUCCCACACAGAAGACAAAGGGACUGUCCUCCCUCCGCUUUUUUUUUUCUUCUGUGUGAUACAGGGAUGGAACCCAGGGCUUUCACACCGAGCUCCAAGCCCAGCCUUUGUUUCAUUUUUUAUUUUGAGAUAGGGUCUCACUAAGUUGCUUAGUUGCCCAGGCUGGGCUGGACCCUCCUGCUUCAGCCUCCCAGAGUGCUGAGAUGACAGGUCUGUGCCACCGCUCCUGGCUUGUCCCUCAUCCUUACAGCCUGGCCCAGAGCUUCCCGGGGCUCCUCCAGUGAGGGUGCAGGCAGAGGGGCCACCACACCUGGCCGAGCCCCCUUCUAGGCCAAGGCCCAGCAGCCCUGUCCUUUGCCCUCCCUUAUACUACGAAGAAACUAGAACACGCCUCCCUGUCCCCAAGGUGAACCCCACUCCCAGGCCAAGAAUGAAGUGGCUCUGUUGUGACCUCCGGCCUGCAGGGAGGGCGGAAGGUGCUGUCUCUCUGAGGAGUCCCUGACAUCGAGGCGGGCUGGAGCCACCCUGCUGCCAAGGGCCUGGGCCUGCCUGAGCUCAGCAGGGACAGGAAAAGCCCGCCAGACCCCUGCUCAAGCCUGACCUGAAGCCACCUCCCGUCCCUGUCCUUGAGCGCACUCAGCAUGAGCUGGCCUUCGGCUGGGUCCCACACAGAAGCCAUAGGACUCUGCGACUCGGCUCCUCUCCAUCCUCGGUCAUCGCUGCCAAACACCGUCCAUCCCGGGGCCCCUGUUUCCGGCAGCCCUGUCCCUCCUGGCUCUGGAAGUCCCUGGUGUUUCUUCCUGAAUUUUUAAAACUACACGUCCCGCGCCCACUCCCUCGCAGAGUUUAACACCAUGUGGAAUUGUUACUACCACCCCGUUCAUACACAAUAAAAUGCUCACUUUUCCUUUUC